AUGGGUUGGAAUCGAAAAGGCAAGUUCGGAAUUCAUACGGGACGAACGCUUCGCAAUCAUCCGAUUCAAGGUUACGGUGGAGGCAAGAAAUGUCAUGAAUUUGCUGUUGUCAAGGAACUUAAAUUUCCUGACCCAACUGGACGACUGUCGUUCGACAAAAAUAGGGUUAAUAAACUUGGCGUAAAUGACGGCGGAUUAGUGGACGAUGGACAUGUUAUUUAUUCUAUGAAUAAACACAAACGAUGGCUGCUGCCUGACAUGUUAAAACAAGAUGUAGAACAACUUUACUGGGACGCAAUUUCAGAUUCUGAACAGCAUUCUAGAUCCACGAAACCUUGUAAGAAGGCACACCAUGAAGACAAUCAAGUACAGAAACUUCGCGUAACCGUUGUAGAGAGACACGCAGGCGAUGAAAUGCAACGGCAUCGCCCUGAUUGCAUUGGAGUUACUUCGAGUUUCCCCAGCUUGAAUUCGUCAAAACCUCUGAGAAAACCGCGCAAAAAAUAUGCAUUCGUUGGAGACCUAAAAUCCAACUGUGGCUCUAAAGAUGAUGCAGAGUUGUGCUAUGAAUGUUUAUCACCAUUCCCAAAGAAAG